CCUCCUAAAACCGCUUAUUCCUCUCCAUCCAUCCAUCCAUCCAUCCAUACAUAUAUAUAUUCUUCUCAUUUUCCUGUACUUUUCUACUACUUUCUGUUUGUUUCUCGAGAAAAAAAAAUUCAGCGUUCUCAAUAUAUAAUUAUUCUCUGUUUCUACUGUUGCGAAGAGUGAGACGAGAGCCGACGCAAUGGAUACUAAGAUCGGAUCUAUAGACUCGUGUAUUCCGGCGAACGACGACAUCGGCGGUUCUCCAAACGGCGGCGUUUCCGUCAUCCAGAACUCGGGGCCACCGCACUCCGUCCCCGUGAGUCCCUGCGACGCGACGCUCGGUCGCCACCUCGCGAGGCGGCUCGUCGAGAUAGGCGUCACCGACGUCUUCUCCGUUCCGGGGGAUUUCAACCUGACGCUACUCGACCACCUGAUCGCCGAGCCGCGGCUCAAGCUCGUCGGUUGCUGCAACGAGCUUAACGCCGGGUACGCUGCCGACGGUUACGCGAGGUCUCGUGGCGUCGGCGCCUGCGUCGUUACGUUCACCGUCGGCGGACUGAGCGUCCUGAACGCGAUCGCCGGUGCUUACAGUGAGAAUCUACCUGUCAUUUGUAUCGUCGGUGGACCGAACUCUAACGAUUACGGGACCAGCAGGAUUCUUCAUCACACCAUUGGACUACCUGAUUUCAGCCAGGAGCUCCGAUGCUUCCAGACUAUCACUUGUUACCAGGCUGUGAUCAACAACUUGGAAGAUGCGCAUGAACAAAUCGACACAGCGAUUUCGACCGCUUUGAAAGAAAGCAAACCAGUUUAUAUCAGUGUAAGCUGCAACUUGCCUGCGAUUCCUCAUCCGACGUUCAGUCGCCAUCCCGUCCCGUUCUCGCUUUCUCCCAAAUUGAGCAACCAGAUGGGACUUGAGGCUGCAGCAGAGGCAGCUGCUGAGUUCUUGAACAAGGCGGUCAAACCAGUUAUGGUGGGUGGCCCCAAAAUGCGAGUCGCAAAGGCCAUGGAAGCCUUUGUUGAGCUAGCCGAUGCGUCUGGAUAUGCCCUCGCGGUUAUGCCAUCUGCUAAGGGACUAGUACCCGAAAACCACCCGCAUUUCAUCGGAACGUACUGGGGAGCCGUGAGCACUCCCUUCUGCGCCGAGAUUGUUGAAUCCGCAGAUGCAUAUGUCUUUGCAGGUCCUAUUUUCAACGAUUACAGCUCGGUCGGAUAUUCUCUCCUUCUCAAGAAGGAGAAAGCAAUCAUCGUGCAGCCUGAGCGUGUUACCAUCGGUAACGGGCCUUCGUUCGGAUGUGUUCUCAUGAAAGAUUUUCUUAGCCACUUGGCCAAGCGAUUGGCGCAUAACAACACAGCCCAUGAGAAUUACCACAGGAUAUAUGUUCCGGAAGGGAAGCCUUUGAGAGGUAACCCGAAGGAGCCCUUGAGGGUUAACGUUCUUUUCCAACACAUUCAGAAGUUGCUGUCUGGGGAGACUGCUGUAAUUGCUGAGACAGGAGAUUCUUGGUUCAAUUGUCAGAAACUGAAGUUGCCUGAGGGAUGCGGGUACGAAUUCGAAAUGCAAUAUGGAUCAAUUGGUUGGUCCGUGGGUGCGACACUCGGUUAUGCACAAGCUGUGCCCGAAAAGCGCGUCAUUGCUUGCAUCGGAGAUGGUAGUUUCCAGGUAACUGCACAGGACGUGUCGACGAUGAUAAGGUGUGGGCAGAAGAGCAUAAUAUUCCUGAUCAACAAUGGAGGGUACACCAUAGAAGUGGAAAUCCACGACGGCCCUUACAAUGUGAUAAAGAACUGGAACUACACUGCCUUUGUAGACGCCAUCCACAACGGGGAAGGCAAAUGCUGGACGGCCAAGGUAAAAUGCGAGGAGGAGCUGAUAGAAGCUAUAAACACGGCAACGAGCGAGGAGAAGAAGGAGAGUUUAUGCUUCAUAGAGGUGAUAGUUCACAAGGACGACACUAGCAAAGAGCUCUUGGAGUGGGGCUCGAGAGUUUCCGCCGCCAACAGCCGUCCCCCUAAUCCUCAGUGAGGUUUUCUUCUCUGUCUGAAUUCAGUUUCUGAUGUUACCCGCACUUGUCUUCUGUCUUCCGUCUGUGUUUGUCGAGUCGUAAUAAAAUGAAGUGGAGAGUUUGUUUGUUAUGGACUGAAUAGAAGUUUGUCAACAUGAACGUUGUACCAUGUUCUC